CUUCCUAAACAUUGCACAAGCAAACAUGGCUGAAUACGGAGAAGUUCAGAAAGGAGCCCUGAAACUAAAAGGAGUGGGGGACCUGUCGUCUGCUAAAAAGAAAAAGAAGAAGGACAAAGAAAAGAAGAAACUUAACGAACAACAAAUAAGGACAUCUCAAAACACCGAGGAAGAAGACAAGAAGACUUGGGUCGACAAAAGGACACCAGCUCAAAUGGCCUUCGAUAAAAUUCAAGAAAAAAGACAAAUGGAACGCAUCCUGAAUAAGGCAUCUAAAACACACAAAAGGAGAGUUGAGGAGUUUAACAGACACCUGGAUACUCUUACUGAACAUUAUGACAUUCCUAAAGUCAGCUGGACAAAAUAAACAAGUUGUUACCUGGAUAUGGACUGUGGAGAUGCUCGGUUGUCCUCUUAAAAUGUGUAUUUCAUAAAAAAAAAAUGGAUUUUAUUUAUAUGCAAUGGAUAUUGAACAUUUGAUUUGAUUGGUCAUUUUAUUUGAACUUCUCCAUUGUUAUUUUAACCAAUCAUCCAAAUGCAGCAGGUCAGAAGAUGCAGUUCUUGAGCUUUUCUGUCAGUAGCAUUGGAUGAUUGGUUCAAUGUACAUUUCCUUUUGUAGCUGUUCUCUCCUUUAAAGCAGGCCCCGCAAAGUGUGGCAGGAUUUAUUUUGUAACAACCUAGUUGUCUGUCACUGAUCAGGCAUAUUAGUUUGUGCAGCUAAACAAGUUGUACGUGUUGCCAACCAGCUUUUAUUUUGGACAAUUGUAUUUUGCAUGUUAUAGUUGUAUACAUUCUAAGUAGCCUAUAUAGAUCUCUUUUUCAACCAAUGUAUUGCAUCACAUGGUCACACAUUAUUUCUACAAUAAAAUGAUCUUGUGGAGUAUUUCAUUUAAA